AUGGCCGACGGCGCCUCCUCGCCCGCGCGAGGCGAGUGGAGCAGCACCGAGGAAGAGCUGGCAUACUACAAGACGCAGUAUGAAACUUUGGAGGUCGAGCUGCAGGAGUUUCAGGCCUCUAGCAAGGAGCUAGAGGUGGAGAUGGAGAAGGACAUCGAGGAGAGCGAAAAGCGGGAGCGCAAGCUGAAAGAGAAAGUUGAGGGGCUCGGCUUCGAAGUUGAAGAGUGGAAGGCCGCGAGCGACUUUGCUCUAGAUACUGACGUUCGUGUGCAGACCAAAUACAAGCAAAGCAAGACCGAAGCCAGCAAUGCGCAGAAUACACUCCAGAAGGAGAUCACGGCGCUCCGCGAGUCGCAGCGAUCGCUCCAGAUGCAGCUCCGCGAUACCGAAGUCCAGAACGACGACCUAGAGCGCCAAGGUCGUAAUCAAACAUCGUCGCUUGAGGACCUGGAGUCCAAAUACAACGUCACCCUAGAACGAACCGUCAUGUUGGACGAGGAGAUCAAGAUUGGGGAACAGGAGCGUGAGGGCUUGAGAAUCGAGACCCAACGACUUCGGGACGAAUUGUCCGACCUUCGCAUCGAGGCUGAGAUCGUACAAGAGAAGCUGCGCAUCGCAGAGGAGACCAUAGAGAGCCACCAUCAACGCAAGACCUCGAACCUGCUUGCUGGCGAUUCGUUACGUCCCCGCUCACCCGUCUCAGAGACAUCGACCUCCGCCACCACGCUUUCUUCGCCCACGACCGCUUCCACGCCACCUCGCUCAAAACCCGAAUCUUUGCUUCCCGAUACUACGCCUCCUUCUCCACCUCUAUCCGAAGCAUCACUUGCUACAAAGCCUGUACCUUCGACGCCUAUGCCUGCACGGAAAAAGUCUAUUGCGUUAGACCCCUCCGCCACGCCCCGACCUGGCAUAUACUCCUCACGACCAGCACGGCACUCUCGAGCCCCCAGUAUUCCAACGUCGAUGAGGGCUGCAGCCACACCCAGCGGUCGUGCUACGCCUUCUAUCCGGACCACCGCCCCGGCGCAAAAGAGCGCCAGGCCAAGUGUGGGAGGAAAGCCAGCGGGUGGUCUGCCGAGGUCUGGUUCCUUGUACCAGAUUCGAAAUCUAAUUGGCAACAUGCAGAAGCUUGAGGAGCGUGUACACAACGUGAGAUCGAGACUACCGGCUCCGACGCAUACCCCACCACGUGCCAGUCCGCGUACCGCAAGUGCUCUCGGACACCACAUACCGAGCACCGUGACAGUAAGAAGAAGCAGCAAACGAACGUCACAAGCUUCCACGAGCUCCGCUAUGAACAACACUGGUGAAACUGGCGUGAGCCGUCUGUCCUUCGGAGUGUCGCGCGAGCCCAGCAGCAGCCGCCCGAGCAGUCGGGCCUCUGUAGCGUCCCAGCGACCAGCGAGCAGGAGCAGCACGCGGACGCCAUUGGGCCACUACGCCUCUUCGUCCAUCAGUGGGGUAGAGGGGCGGAUCCCACGCCCACGGAGCUCAAUGAGCGGACAGUCUAGUGGGCACAGCCAUUCCCAUUCGAUGUCUUUAUCGGGCGCCAUGCGGGACGACCCAGACGGCCUGAGUGAUGGGAGCAGUUCAGCCACACCUAUAGGGCGCCGCAUGUCGGUCGACAGGACAGGCAUUCCCACCCCGAGCGGCAUUCCACGGAGACAGAGCGCAGGAAGAAGGACCAGCGCAGAGCUGGGUAUGCAUGGAAUGGGUCCUCCUGCGAGGCCGCGCAAGAUGAGCCAGGUAGAGGAGUCCUUCUAG